UAACCCAAGUCGUCGUCUUUGAACAACUCUUCAAACCCCACCGUUAAUGGCGGCCAUUUCCACCUUCUCUAUCGAAUUUCAUUUAUCUUAAUUGCAUCGAUCUGUUCGAUUCCUGAAUCUGUCUGCAAUCAGAGAUAUGAACGGCGCCCUCCAAUCAAUUCUAGCAGCCCUCGCCAGUUUCUUACUAGUUACCUUAAUCUUCGCCACGAUCUUGUACUUCUGCCGGAGAGGCGAUAAGCGCCGCGGCGGCGACCGGUCGGAGCUGCCGGCGUGGGCCCGGAGGAGCUCAGCUCCGCCGAAGCCAAACCCCGCCGCCGAUUCUAGAAUCUCUUCCGCCUCCGUCGGCGAAAGCGCAACCUUCGACCGGACUUUAGAGCACGUGUCGAUGAAGGAGCUCGUCGAAGUGACACGUGGCUUCUCAUCGGACCUGAUAAUCGGCGACGGGAGCUUCGGGCUCGUGUACAAGGCCCGACUGAACUCGGGCCCUGUAGUCGCUCUCAAGAAACUCUCCGCCGACGCCUUUCAGGGCCUGCGCGAGUUCCGGGCCGAGAUGGAAACUCUGGGCAAGAUCAAACAUCCAAACAUAGUCAAGAUCCUUGGAUACUGCGCAACGGGCAACGAUCGUGUCCUAAUCUACGAGUUCAUCGAAAAGGGUAGCCUCGACCAAUGGCUAUACGACACCUCAUCGUCGUCCCCGGAAGAUCAAGGCCAUGAUUCGGGCGAAUUAAGGUUGCCCCUGUCAUGGCAAAGUCGAACAAAGAUCAUCAAAGGAGUGGCUCUUGGACUAGCCUAUAUGCACAAUUUGGACAUCCCAAUAAUCCACAGAGACAUCAAGGCCAGCAACAUCUUGUUAGACACAAGUUUUGAGGCCCAUAUUGCGGAUUUCGGAUUGGCACGUCAGAUCGAGGGAUCGCACUCCCACGUGUCGACGCAGGUCGCCGGAACGAUGGGUUACAUGCCGCCGGAGUAUCUCCACGGCGCGGCGGGAGCGACGGUGAUGGGUGACGUGUACAGCUUCGGAGUGUUGAUGUUAGAAAUCGUUAGCGGGAGGCGCCCGAGUUUGCCGUUCCUUGGCGAGGACGGGAAAGAAGUGAGGCUUAUGGAUUGGAUACGAACAAUGGUCGAGCAAAAUCGAUAUAUGGAAAUCUUGGACAUCGCCAUUUGUAGGGAUGAUCUUAAGGAAAAUAUAGUUGUCGAUGUUUUGAAGAUGGGAUUGAAAUGUGCCGACGAGAGGCAUAAAGUGAGGCCUAAUAUGAUGGAGAUUGUUGGGGAGUUGGAUAAGAUUUUGCCUCAAGAUUCUGCUGUGGUUGAAAUAAUAUGAUUCCGAAUGUGUCCAUAGGUUCGAGUACAAUGUAAAUAGCCCAUAAAUUGUCAAGUUCCGAAGUAUCCGUUUGCUGGUUGCGCGCGUUCUGAACAUGGGUUUUAUUGCAUAUUACAUUGCAUCGACACAAGUAAUCUAUGGGACAUGUCUUGUUUUA